UAAAUUCUGUUACAAACAUUCUGAUUGGUCAGAAGCAUUGAUGCCGUUACUUCCGCCAUAUUUUAAACUUUGAAAUAUCUUUUUGUUUGCACAUUUGCUUGAUUUAUUAGUGGUAUAGGAGCGUGAGAACACAAUUAAAUAUAUCAAAUUGUGCCGCAGUAUCGACUGUACAUUUUACAACAAUAUGGCGGAAUUGGAUGAUAUAUUCAGCCCACCCACUGGAUCUGAAAACCACAGGCUUAAGAGAAAGAAGAGUAAAUUGUUACGUAGAGAUUCGUUAGCAUCCUUCAAGAAUUUGCUGACUCGGAAGGAUUCAACUGCAUCCAUGAAGAGUACAUUGAGUCGCAAGGAUUCAAUCUCUUCUAUAGAUUCUAUUCAAAGCACACUGAGUCGCAAGGAUUCCAACUCAUCAAUUGUGUCAUUUAAUAGUCUAAAGAGUCCGAAACUGAAACGCAAAGGAUCUAAUGCAUCUGAAAUAUCAUUCAAAAGUCCAUUCAAUUUAGUGCGUAAACGUAAGAGAAAGGGUGGAGAAGUUGAAGAAGAUAAUAUCAGUGUGAAGAGUUUGGACAUGGGGACAUCCAAGAAGAGAAUAACUUGGAGGGAUUCAAAGAGAAGGAGGUCUCUGGUCCACAUGUCAUCAAUUCUUUCACCUGUCAAUCAAGCUGUCAACAAAGUCUUCAGUAAAUCAUUGAGUUUCAAAAACUUAAAGUCACCAAAACCCAGUAAGCCUAAUAAGUGUAGCACAACCCCCUACAGAGAGCCUCGCCCCACCCCCACCAAGCGCAGAGAAACCAUCAGCUGGUCAGAGUCUGUAGGGAGCGGAGUCAAGAAAUUGUUCAGUAACCUACAGAUUAAACGUCAAGAGGGAAUCUUUGAACUGUUCCAAGGCGAAAAAGAUUUGAUUGAAGAUCUCAACAUGGUGAAAGAUACAUACCAAAAGUCAAUCAUGAAACUGGGCUUGAUGACAGAAGCUGAACAGAACAAAAUAUUUGGUAUUAUUGGAAUACUGGUGCCAUUACAUGAAAACCUGGUGAAAAUAAUUGAAGGAGCCAAGAAAGAAGAUGAAACUAUCGAAGGAAUUGGAAAAAUCCUUGUAGAAUGGGUGCCAAAUCUGUACUGUUAUAUCCCAUACUGCUCCAAUCAAGUUUAUGCCAAAGAUUUACUCGAACAGAAAAAGUCUGAUAAAAAACUACAGGACUUUCUGGAGAGAUGCCAACUAUCCUCAUUCAGCAGGAAGCUAGAUCUGUGGAGCUUUCUAGAUCUUCCAAGGAGUCGUUUAGUCAAGUACCCUCUUCUGUUGAAGAACAUCCAGAAACUUACACCUGAUGAACAUGAAGAUUGUGAAUUGUUAGAAGAAGCUAUCCAGAGCAUAGAGAAGAUCAUUGAGACAGUGGAUCAGAAAGCAGGGGAAGCCAAGUGCAAGUUCACUAUAGAGAGGCUGGAGUUCUUAGAUGAACGAGGGAAAGAUAUCAUUGCACGACAGAAACAUCUUCUAUGUGAAGGGGUCCUCAGAAAUAACAGAGGCACUAAGCUGCAUGUCUUCCUGUUUGAAGAGAUUUGUGUUCUAGCCAGGCCUGCCACAAGGAAUGAUCGUCUCUGUUACCAAGUCUACAGGCAGCCAAUCCCUGUAUCUGAGAUGAUCUUUGAGGAUCUGGCUGAUGGUGAGAAGAACAGUGGGUCCUUCAGAAAUGCAUUCACACCCGGUCAAUCAUCGAAGUUCAUGUUCAAACUAUCAUUUGAGGAUAAAACCAGGGGACAAUCACAUACACUUAUAGCCAAUGAUGAACACGAUAAACUACAAUGGACUUCCUGUUUAAAGAAAGUAGUCCCAGAGCGAAAACCCUCAACCACUCAGUCAGAUGAGUCUGAUUGUUGA